CCUCUCUCUCUCUCUCUCUCUCUCUCUCUCUCUCUCCCCUCUCCCUCUUUCCCUCGCCUUCUCUGCCCUCUUUUACUUCACAGAACUCUACAAAUCCCAGAAGCUUAUUCGGAUCCCAUGGAUCUUAUUCAUUGAGUCUUCUCUCCAAUUUUCUCGAAGACUCGGUUCCUGGGUUUCGCUAGUGGAGGGUAUCGGAGGUAGACAGAGCGAGGCGGAUCCGUUAUGGCGACUUCGACGAGCUCUAUCUACAUCAAUGUCAUCGAAGAUGUCAUCAACAAGCUUCGCGACGAGUUCAUUGAUAAUGGUCCUGGAGAGGACGUUCUCAAGGAGCUUCAAGGAAUGUGGGAGGCGAAAAUGAUGCAAGCGGGUGCCGUUAGCGGUCCCAUAGAGAGGUCUGCGCCAUCUAAGCCCACACCCGGAGGUCCGAUAACGCCGGUUCACGAUCUCAAUGUUCCGUAUGAGGGGACUGAAGAGUACGAAACUCCCACAGCUGAUUUACUCUUUCCGCCGACGCCAUUACAAACUCCAAUUCAAACACCUUUACCGGGAACUGCGGACAACGCGAUGUAUAAUGUUCCUACUGGACCCAGUGACCACUCUGCAUCUGGAACUGAUGCUUCUCCAGCUGCUACCACUCCUGGAGGUAGUGCUAAUAAUGUUGAGGUCAGAUCUGGAAGGCCAAACCCAUUCAUGCAACCUCCUUCUUGGAUGGGUCAAAGAACUCCUGUAGACGUUAAUAUUGCCUAUGUGGAGGGGCGUGAUGAAGCAGAUAGAGGAGCCUCUCAUCAAUCCCUCACACAGGACUUUUUCAUGAUGAACUCUGGAAAGCGUAAGCGUGAAGAUUUUGCUUCCCAGUACCAGAAUAAUGGAUUUAUACCGCAGCAAGAUGGAGCUGGAGAUGCUGCCAAUAGUGUCUUUGAGAUUGAGAUAAGUGGAUACAACGCUACCGAUGGUAGACCCAGCAGUAGAACUUCUACAAACAGUGUGGCAUCAUCACAUAUAGCAAGAUCAUUAUUGAAGAUUCCUCAACUGGAUGGACCAAUACCGGAUCCUUAUGAUGAUGUGCUUUCUACACCCAAUAUAUACUCUUACCAGGGUGUCUAUAAUGAAGACUACAACGUAGCAAAUACACCAGCACCUAAUGACCCACCAGCUAGCACUCCUGCUGUGGUCACUCAGGAUGACGUUGGCGAGGAGGAGGAGGAUGAUGAGCCUUCAUUGAAUGAAGACGAUGAUGACGACGACUUGGACGAUGUGGAUCAGGGAGAGGAGUUGAGCACACAGCAUUUAGUUUUAGCUCAGUUUGAUAAGGUUACUCGUACCAAGAGUAGGUGGAAAUGUACACUAAAGGAUGGAAUCAUGCAUAUACUACUAGUUACAUACUAGCCGACUCGGUUCUAAUGGAAUCUUUGCGCCUCUUACAGGCAACAGGGGAAUUCGACUUCUGAUUUUUAUUGGAGACAUUUCAUCGGGCGGUUAUCGGCAGCGUCUUGCAAGAAGUCGAGAAAAGUUCAUUGGGUUGUUUAAGUUGUCUGUCUUCAGUUAAUAUUUGUUUUGUGAAAGCACGAGGGAAAAGGACAUAGUUGAGAUUCCUUAUGAUCAUUUUGUUGAAUGUUGUUAGCGUUUUGUAUAUAACGAAUGAGAGCUCUUUUGGCCUUCAAUGCAUGGCAACUUCGAGGAUUUUCCAGAAAAAGUUUACCAUUGCUCUAAUGGAAUAUAUUUGUAACCCCCAACUUCGUAUAC